UGGGUCACUGGCACAUGACCCAUGUGAAUAUUGGGGUCUCUCCCUCAAACUUUCCUCAGUGAAUUUUCCCUUUCAUGCAAUGAAUUCAUCUCCACUGUGAAAGAGAGGAGGCAGGACAGGGUUAACCUCACACACUCUUCCUUUCAGUCCCCUGAGGGGCUGGGGUUUUGUUUUCCUGGCUAAGGGAGGGAGCUUGAGGCAAAUAUCGUGACUUGAGCUGGAGACCUCUUUGACAUAGACUGGUACCAGCCUGUUUUGGACUGGAGGGAGGAAAGCAUAAUCACCUGGGGCAGGAGGGAGAGGGGGAAGCAUGCAGACUUGGCAAACAGUGAGUGUCUGAUAAUGGCCAAAGGUAGAAGCCAAGUGUCCUCCAUUUCCCCUAAACCCCUAAGAGCUUCGGAGGGCACCUAGACUCCUUGAGCCUCCCUGCUAGUCCUCCUGCCCCUUCCUCCCAGGUGGACCACAUCUCUCAGCUCUGCCUGGAUUUGCUUUGAUGCCAGGAGGCUAUCCUUAACCCCGUGUGGAGGGGCGUGCAGAGAGAAAAGGGGCAGGAAUCUUGCUUGUGGGGCGCCUGAUCCCAGGGCCACCGGCUGGGCUGCUGCCCCACACCGUGCCUGGGCAUUGAUGAUCCCUCUGCCCUUCCUUCCCCUCCCCCUGUGCUGCGGAGACUCUGGAUGCUGCUGUGCUCCUGCCAUGUGCUGCUGCUGCUGCUAGUAGCUAGUCGAGCGUGUCUCCGGCUGCAAACUCCGCCAAACAAGCCUGCAUCCUCCUCCAGGGAAGGAUACCCAGAAGCGAUGAAAUUUCCAAUCGAGACUCCAAGAAAACAGGUGAACUGGGAUCCUCAAGUGGCUGUUCCCUCACCAGUGUCAGCUUGUGAACCUGAGCCCAAAACCAACGGGCAUUAUACAGCUCCACGACUCUCUGUUUCCUCCCGAGCAACUGUCGUCGCCACCAUGGAAACCCCUUCUCAGGGCCUGCAGACAGUCAUGAAAUGGAAAACAGUGGUGGCCAUUUUCGUUGUGGUUGUAGUUUACCUGGUGACUGGAGGACUUGUCUUCCGUGCCCUGGAACAGCCUUUUGAAAGCAGGCAGAAGAAUACAAUAGCUUUAGAGAAGGCUGACUUUCUUCGGGAACAUGUUUGUGUAACCCAGCUAGAACUGGAGACACUGAUUCAGCACGCUAUUGAUGCUGAUAAUGCUGGAGUCAGUCCCAUAGGAAAUUCCUCUAACAACAGCAGUCAUUGGGACCUUGGAAGUGCCUUUUUCUUUGCUGGAACAGUCAUCACAACAAUAGGAUAUGGGAACAUUGCCCCAAGCACUGUCGGAGGCAAAGUUUUCUGCAUCUUGUACGCCAUCUUUGGGAUUCCACUGUUUGGUUUCUUGCUGGCUGGGAUUGGAGACCAACUUGGAACCAUCUUUGGGAAGGGUAUUGCAAGGGUGGAGAAAGUUUUCAGAAAAAAACAAGUGAGUCAAACAAAGAUCCGGGUGAUCUCUACCAUCCUCUUCAUCUUGGCAGGCUGCAUUGUCUUUGUGACCAUUCCUGCAGUUAUCUUCAAACACAUCGAGGGAUGGACAGCCUUGGAGUCCAUCUACUUUGUGGUUGUCACUCUGACUACCGUUGGCUUUGGUGAUUUUGUAGCAGGAGGAAAUGCUGACAUCCAUUAUCGGGAGUGGUAUAAACCGUUAGUGUGGUUCUGGAUCCUUGUUGGCCUUGCCUAUUUUGCUGCUGUCCUGAGUAUGAUUGGAGAUUGGUUAAGAGUCCUGUCCAAGAAGACAAAAGAAGAGGUUGGAGAAAUAAAAGCCCACGCAGCUGAGUGGAAAGCGAACGUGACAGCUGAGUUCAGAGAGACACGGAGGCGGCUCAGCGUUGAGAUCCACGACAAACUUCAGAGGGCAGCUACCAUCCGCAGCAUGGAGCGUAGGCGCCUGGGUCUGGACCAGAGAGCCCACUCCUUAGACAUGCUCUCUCCAGAGAAGCGCUCUGUCUUUACUGCCUUGGAAACAGGACGCUUCAAGGCCUCGUCUCAGGAAAGCAUCAACAACAGACCUAACAACCUGCGCCUUAAAGGGUCAGAUCAAUUCAACAAGCAUGGGCAGGGGGCAUCUGAGGACAACAUCAUUAACAAGUUUGGAUCAUCUGCUAAGAUGACCAAAAGGAAAAACAAAGACCUCAAAAAGACCAUCCCUGAGGAUGUACGUAAAAUUUAUGAGACCUUCCGAAACUACUCCUUGGAUGAAGAAAAGAAGGAAGAAGAGACAGAGAAGAUGUGUAAUUCUGAGAACUCUUCCAGCACUGCAGUCCUAACCAACUGCAUCCAGCAGCACUCAGACCUGGAGAAUGGAAUGAUCCCCACAGAAACCAAAGAAAGGGAAGAUGAAAACAAAGUGUUACUUGAAGACAGAAAUUAAAUGUAAAAGAUGCUUGACUUGAAUAAACAAUGCUAGUGUUUUUAUAUACAUAUAUAUAUUGAGACACGUGCCUUAUACAGACUCCUUAUUCAGUCUGAAUUAUAUAGCAUCGAAGAAUAUUUCACUGUGCCAUAAAGACUCAAGCUUGCUCUGCCAAAACAAACCAGGAACACAGCACUGCAGAAUGGCAACAGAAAGCUACGCACAUGGAAAUUUCAGCCUGUAUAAGAUUACCAGGGUAAAACACGAAGGAAGAGACUGAACCAUUGCAAUACCACCAGAGUGCUGCUACCAUGGCAUAAUAUUAGACAAAAGGCAGCUAUGUAAGAAGAACCUUUCAAAGGAAUGAAAAAGAUUGAAUCUUUUUAAUGGAGUAUGUACAUUAAGCCUUCCCCUGGUGAUUAUAAAGAGGAGAAAUGAUUGGUGUUAACUAGAAACUUUCAGUAAGGCUUAGUUUACGUUUUGGCACGUGAUCCAGGCUAGAUUUUUUUCUUUUUGUUUUUGAAUCAGAUGCAUUAUCUUUCUAAAUCCAAAAGAAUGUCCGUGGACACAGCCACCAGCUAAACGCUGGUUUGAAAAAUCAACACAGACAUAUUUAAGGGUCAAAUUGCUCUUUCCAUUAAAAAAGAAAGAAACUCUGUCGGUAAUAUCAUAACCAGUUAAAGAAAAUUUUAAAAAAGGAUUUUUUUUCUCUUGUAGGAGAUAUUCAGCGUAAACUUACUGCAAGAAAGUGCAUAUGAAGAAAAUGCAACAUUUCAUGCUGUGUUGUUUAAAAGAAGAGAAACAUUAAUUUAAUGGUAUUUGGCUGAGUGUAUAAAACAGUGGGUCACCUGUUUUUUAAACGAAUUUCUGAUUCACACUUUCUACCACUGGAGGAACUUCAAUUUUAAUGCUGUAAGACUACGAAGACAGAAGAAGAGCUAUAGCUUUUGCAUGUCAGCAAACUGCUGUUCUCUGUAGCUGAAUCUAAAUUUUUAAAAAUAGACAUAAGAGCAUAUAUGCUAUUCAAAUGACGGCCAGGGCAACCAUAGAAUCUCAGGGCUCUAUGCCCCUUUUGCUGGGUUUGGGUUUAAACAUGAGCUGCAGUCAUUAUUUCAAAAACAAAAAAAGAAAUUUAGGAAAAGAAGUUGAGAAAAAUAUGGUGGUGAUCUUUUAAGUGCUUAUAGCUUUAAGUGCCAUUAAUGCUGUCAUAUUUUCUAACUUUUUAAACAAGUAUUUUUAAUUAUUUGUUUUAUUUUAUUUCAGGUAUUACCUUUGUUUUUGACAUUUGCUAUCUCUUUUCUUGAUAAAAUCUAAACAUGAGCUCCAUGCAUUUCAAGACAAAAGUGAAAUGUAACCAAACUGUGAGCAUUUUUUAAAACUCUUUUUUGGUGUAUGGACAUAGGGAUAUAAGAAACAUGAAUGUCCCUAGACUUCACAGAAAAUAUUCAAAGAAAAGGCUGUGAAAUAAUUAAUGGGAAUUGCAAACAACAUUAAGUUUUGGUGCCCUCAGUCUGUAAGCUACUGCAUUUGCUCCUUUAGAUGGAAGAUUUUGCUUGCUGGAAAAAUGACUGCACCGGUGAUGCUUUCCCUGCACUUUCAGAAAAUCCUAAAUAGCCCUGCAAUUCAAACUGUAGGCUUGCAGGUAAAGUAAACGUGGACACAGAUGGCAGAGUGUACUGAGUCUCACAAGACAGUCAAACAUCCACACACUCACAGGUCAUACAGACACAGACUUUUGGAAUUGCUUGCCCAUACCUGCAUACACAAAAAUGCACGUUUCAUUUCCUAUGAUAUUUUCUGAGAUUUCAUACACAAUGAGCCAACUCAAAAUCUAGCUGGUCACUUGAAUACAUGAUAACCGUGGCCAUGAAUACAUGCAUGGCAAUGCACACACCAAUUCUGAAUAUGUGUAUUUGCAUAUCUACUUGCCUCUGCACAAUUUGCAGGAGUGAGCCAAAAAUCUCUAAUGCAGAGGACAAAUGCAGCUCUUAGUAUGUUCUGUCUACUGAUUCACUUCACUUGAAAUAUCCCAUCAUCUUUCUAAUUUCAUUAUCCAAAUAUGCUGUCUGAAAAUUAAGGAGGAAAAAAACAAUGUUUGAAAAAUUUCAGGUCAUUUGGGAUUACUUUAACUCAAUAAGGUCCAACAGAAAUUGAAUUCUGCUUAGUUCACCAAUAAGUCUCUUAAGAUAUAGGGCUACAUUCUGGCUUUAGUUUACUGGGGCAGGACAGUGAGCCUAGUCCCCAGGAAAAAUUUCAGCUGCCUCUGCUCCUGGAGGCUUCCAUGCAGUGCAGAUCUGUGCUCCGCUUCAUGAUUAUGCAGGCGGCAGCUUGUGGCCAUCCUCAGUCCCCAUCCUUAUCAAACUCCAGGAAGAUGGCAGCAGGAAGCAGGUCUAUUUAAGCAUGGAAGUCCUGUAGCCCUCCCGUUGUUCUUGGUUUUGGGUAGAUCUGGGAUGAAGUGUGGCCUCCUGUGCCACAUGUGAGCAAAUCUUCUAAAGUCUCACUCGGAAAUAUGGUGAAUCAUUUUGUAUUAACUCUGUAGGCCCAGGAUGGAUAAAGCACACUUGGAUUUAGUAAGGUGUUGUGUUGUUCAGAUCUGGGAUUUUCCUGUGGCCUGUUAGAAAGUUAGGAACUAUUGCUACAAUUUAGAUUUGCAUCUGAAUUCCAGACAAGGUUCAGAAAUACUCAGACUUGAGAUUUGGGUUUUGGGAAUUAAAGUACUGCCUGGUUACACUGUAUUGCACCUUCUUUGAUUGUGUGAAGGAUCAGGGCACAGAAAAGUGACUUAUCUGAAUCUGAAAGCAUGCAGUACAUUUAGAUUGCGGUAACAGUUCUUCUUGGUCACUAAACACCAAAAACAACAUCAUGCGAUUUUAUUUGCUCCUUGUCUUAGCGCUUCUCACAGGAAAUGCUUGCCUGUAAUGGAAAAGUCCUGCACAAGUACACAGACAGUUGUAAGAAUGUGUAAGGUAAAUUUCCUGUAUGUGAAAAAUAAGGGUUAGUGGGAGUCAGUGCAUUUCUGCUGAUUAGGGUCAGGGAAAGCAAAAGUCAUCUUGUAGCACUGUGCUCUUGUCUGCAUGGGUGGGAGCUGGACAGUCUUGGGCAAAUCAUGGAAAACACAUCACCGUGGACACUGACUGAGAAGACAAUGUUUGGUGGCCAAAAUCAGAGCUGAUCUCUCUGAUGGAAUAGAUGAACAAUGUGAUCUCAUUGUAUCUUGCAUCUCAAACUUUAGGAGCUCUCAACCUGCAUCCAGUUCAAACUCUAGCUGAUGGUGUCUGGGUCUCACUUUGGUUGCCACCUGGCCACACCAUGUAGAAUUCCUUGGCUGACAUUUUAUCAGGCUGGGUCUUCAGCAGCUGCAUGUUUCGGGACAUGUUUCAGGGACAAAGGAUGAUGCAAAAUAAACUCCCAGUGAGAUGCUGAACAGAGCAUUUGAUGACCUUUAACAUGAAAGCAAAAUGCUCUUUUUCAUCCCCCCACCCCCCACAUUUCUGUGUCUGUGAAACCUGCUGAGAAAGCUUCCGAUCUGGUAUCAGAGUACAUGUUUCCCCCCAUAUGAUUGCUUAUUAAAUACCUCAAUAUACAUUCUUUCUUUACUAUAAUAUGGGAAGUGCAAAUGAUGCAUUGCACAAGAGGCCAGCGGAAAUGUCUGAAAACUAACCCUAUACUUUAAUGUCCUAAACUGCCUCUUCCCUUGUAAAUGCCAUCCCUUGGUUUUAGUUGCAUGUAGCAUCUGGGGAGAGAAUCACAGUUCAAGCUUCAAGUGUGGCUAAAGUUCACAUCCUUUGGCAUUUAGUAAUACUUAUAAAAUACUUGUGAUGUUAUUUCUAGUGAGGAUGUUCCGCCAUUAUUGUAAGUUUUAGCAAAAGCUGCUCUGAACUGUAUCCAAAACUCCUUGCUCUAAAUUACAUCCUUUCACAGUGGCCUGAAAAUAAAGUCGAGCAAAAGGGUGACUUACUGACUUUAAUGCUCAGAUCCUGCACUGAGCACAACACGACUUGACAUGGGAAUUGGGACCUGAAAGAACAAAGGAAACAAGAAUUUUCUUUAGCUGCAGCCCUCACAUAUAAAGGAUGGCUCAGCUGUUUGUUUUCCUACAGAUUUCAGCACUCCAGUCCCAUUUUCUGCUCUGUCCCAUGCAGGAGAGAAUGCUGGCAUGCUCCUUUGGAGAGCCUGCUGAACCAUUAACCGUUGCUGAGCUUGUGCAGAUUUUGCAUGAGUGUUUUUGGAAAGGUCUGUGACUUCAUCCAUGUGACAAUCUGUGAAUUUCAUUUAUCCUUUAACAGGGAACAUUAUUUCUAAUAAAUAUGUUAUUAGAAAUAAUGGUAAAUAAAAAGCAGUGAUUUAUAUUCAUGAAAUCCCAUUUUGGUUGUUGCUGUGAAAUGAUAAAUCAUCUGAGCUUUUGCAGUCUGGCUUUAUGAUAUCUGUAGUACUUCUGCAAGUCUGCUUCUUCCCAGGCCUUUAAUGGGCAAUGCCAGAGGUUUUCUGAAAAAAAUUUCUCUGUAACCCAAGAUAAAUGAAAUUGAAAGUAUGUCUGUGAGUUCAGGGUGUUAAAAAUUCUGUCCUCAAGAAACCUGCAUUUUUCUGAUGAAUUUGUGUUUAUGCUGUACUUAGGCUGUGUAUUUGUUUGCCAGCUUUGGUUUUCUCAGGGGUUAAUUUAUGUUAUGUCAGGUAGCAUGAUGUCUGAUAGUCUCACUUUUCUCAUCAUCCGCUAAAAAUAAAUAAGAGUCAAAGACCAAGAUUUAUGUUAUGUUGUAUAUUAACCUAGAACAAGAAGUCUACUACUAAGCACAUAGGAAUUUAAAAGGUAGCCGGGAACUGCUUCAGUCCUUCCUAUACAUCUGCUUAUUUUGAGUUGUGCUAUGUCUAUUCUAAGGCCCAGUCUACCUCCAUCAAAGUCAGUGCAGUAAAGUGGAGCCAGCUUGUUAUUUUUUAGCUUUUUAGAGAAAAGACCUGCUAUUUUAGCUCAUUUCUAAGUGAAUGGCACAUUCACACUUACAGACAUGACAUUAUGUCAAUACUAAAUACAAAUAAACCCAGUUUCAAAAACAGCUCCCUAGGCAAUAAAAUAUCAAUGUAGACACAAAUGCAAAUCAACACAAAUCUGUGAAACUUAAAUAUAGCCCUGUACAUUAAUAUAUGAAACUAGCUGCCUGAAAUAUAUCACCACAUAAAUGGAGAUUUGAAUAUUUAUUUAGAUACCUAAUUCUUCCUGAGGUCCCCAUUUCCUUUGCUAGCAGUAGCAGUUAGCCUCCUUAAUACCAUUUCUGAUCUGGACCGUAAUAUUUUUUUCCUUCCAGUGCAAUCGAAGUACAUAACCAUGUUAGACUAUGUCAACUCAUGCUGUUGGAAUCAAGCAUGCUCAAGAAGCAGUUGCAAAAGCUAAUUUGGAAUGAUCCUAAUGUAGUCAAGGCAUACUCUGUGUGCUGGAUCACGCUGGGUUGAGUAGGUCACUCUAAAGGUCCCCAGCACUGGUGAGUACUCACAAACUGGUUGUAAAAAAGGCCCCGUGUGAGCACAUGCAUGCGCCUGCCCUUCCCACUGCCCAUGUAAUCAGUUCUUGUACACAGAUUUAAUGGUGAUGUCCCUCACUCUAUGCAGGCUGGUUUGAAUUUCUGUGUUCCUUCACGUCUGUAUGCAAGUCGCGUCUCAGCCUAGUCUUAUCACUGGAAAAUACCAGUGCUGCUUAUUUUGUGAAAAAUGGACAUCUCUCUAGUAGGUGCCUCUUUAAGGCAAAUGGAAUUUGUUUGUUUUUUUGACUGAACUCUUUGGGAGUAAAUUACAAGCAGGUGAUAAUUUGGCAUGGAAGAGAGAAUAUUUUUGUCUCUCAAAUAUAUUCCACCCACACACUCUUUUUUCCUUGUGAGGGCUCUGUGCUUAAAGAGGAAAGCUUACGGUACUUACUGUGAAAUGUUAACCAAACAUACCAGCCUCCAGCCUGCCAUUUAGCAGUUUUCCAGAUCCCAGAGUCAUGUAGUAGUUAUAAUAAGAAACAGGCAGGAUUUGUAUCUGGAUCACAACUUCCCCAUGAUUUGAGUUUAUUUAGGCCAGUGUUCCAAUUUGAAUCCAUGCAGAAAUAUGGACCCAACUUAAGAUUCAGCCAUAGUUUUAGACUUUUUCUAAGCUCUAACAGAAUUUGAUCUGGACCUUCUGGACUGGGCUGAGAAACCUAGAUUAGUCAUUUUCAGCCCUGCAGAAAAAGACUUUCUUAAGAUUUGGGAAAACAUUCUGAUGGGAUGUUGAUCUAUUAUUUUUUUCCUAACCAACUUCAAAUUAUAGUAUAAGCAAUCGUUAAAUCCACUUGCAAAGAUAUUCUAUCUGCUCUCUCGUGUCUGUGUUCCUACUCCUGCACAUGAUUUUAUGGUGCUUUAGAAAGUCAUUUUCAGAAAAGAGACAAUUUCAUAAAUGUCAUUACCAGGGUACAGAGCAGAAUGUGCUUGUACCAUCUAAAUAAGUUUUGCUGCUAUUGUUUUUGUUUUACGAUGUAAUGUUUUACAAAGAUGGAAAAAAUUGCAACAAAGACCUUCUGGAGAAUGAAAACACUUUUGCUGUUGUUUUUUUUUUUCCCCUCUCUCUUGUCCUAUCAUCUGACAAGAGCAGAGGUGCUAUAAUUAAUCUUCCCUUUUGCAUAUCACUGAGGAAAGCAAUGUAUUGCUGGUAUUCUCACCAUCAUCUGGUCUGUAUGUUUGUGUUUGCCCCUGUUAUCCUUUCUCUUUGGAAUGGAUUCUCACAAUCCACACUGUUGCAUUUUCUGGGUCACUAAUUUGAGAAGUGUUGAUGCUGGGCUUGUAUGAAAAAAGAGGCACAAACUUCCACCCAUACCUCUGCCCGUAUGGGGAUAUGUUUCUGCACCUGGCAACCAAUCAGUAGAGGAAGCAAGAAGCAAAGAUUUUAGGAGGCUCUGUCUCUCUUUCCUUUUCUCUCUCUGUUAUAUACUUCUUAUACUACACAGUCGAUACUGGUUCUUGCUACUAGGUGUAUAUUUAUUAUGCAAGUAAAGGUCUGUUUCUCCAAAA